AUGGAAUUCAUCAAGUUUCUAGCUUACGGAAUCAAGCCCGCGAAUUCAACAAGAUCAGCCCAGCCAAACGAGCGGCGCAAAGUGCGAGGUCCCAGCAUCCAAUCUGUUGUUCAAUAUUACGAUGUGUUCCAGAAUCUUCUCCUGGAUCGAGGCACACCGAUUGAUCCGAAAGUCUCUACACAAAUUCGAAAGUAUAUCUUCCAUAAUCUGCGUGUCGAGCUAGAUUGCCCCUUCAAUGUUCGGCCGCGGAGAUGGCCAAAGAUUGUGCAUUUCAUCCACCUUGGACAGCAACUUUUCGUCCAGGACUGGAUUAAAUUCCCUUCAGCUGCGACACGGGUUUAUUUCUGGGCGUGGUUCUCGUGCAAUGUGGCUAGUGGCUCUCGUAUUGGCGAGCUUGUUGAGUCGAGUGCACGUGGACAGAAUUGUGAUCGUGGGCUACGGUUCAAGGAUGCUCGACUCAUUGUCAUUCGUAAGGAGGAUGGUCAGCCAGGUUUGGCUUUUGAAUUUGAACGAGAUGCAAAGGGAAUGACACUGACGCCUAAUGAGAGGCCACGCCAUGCGAUCUACGAAGCACCAGAGGGGCAAAUGCUACUACUCAAUCCCAUUUUGCCUAUACUUGCCAUAAUAUUGUCGCGCGGAGCACUUCGCGACUACAAAACUAUUCAAGACAUACUCCGAAUCCCUGCGCCGCCGAAAGGUCAAGACAUCACACUAACUUGGAGCGAUGAGGUACUAUCGCAGCCAGUAUUUCCCCGUAUUCGCGAAGGCAGCGGCUUGACAGACAAGAUGGAAACCGCGAACAAAGUCGGAGAAUACCUCCGUGCCCUCGGAUUUCGAGCUGGUUUCCCAGAACCGCUGACUAUACAUGAUUUCAGAGCCGAGUACCUGCAGCUCCUCGGUUAG